CAGUUAUUAUUUCUAACUCUCCCUAUAUAGCUUAUCGUAGAGAAAUAUUAGUGAUAUAUUUUGCUGCUUGUGUGAAGAAAUAUUGCGACACAACUUAGGAGCGGCUUUUCACUUGUAUUACGAUUGUAGCGGGUAACCAUUUGUGAACAUCGUCAAAUGUAUACACCAUUAGAAUAUUUUGUAUUGUGCGACCAUAGAGAUAUAAUACCAUGUGUGCGACUAACUAAACGUGACGUGAACAAGGAGGCGUGUCGAGGUUCGUCAUCCAAUAUACACGAAUCUUUUUAAGCUGAACAAGACUUAAUAGUGAAGAAUCAACAUGGAAUGUGAAGAGCAAGGUAUCAUCGAUUUACUUCUCAGUACCAAGAAACUGGACAGAGAUAAGGGACUGGUAGAAUUGCAUACGAAGUGUCAGCGGAGCUGCGCCAACGACCAAGCCGAGAUCGCUGGCGUAGAGAAUUCUUUGUUGUCCGUUGUGAAGGAUUCGCGUUCGAGCUGGGAGGCUAAACAUGGUGCUUUAUUGGGAGCAAAAGUUCUUAGUGGUUUUGACGGAACCUCUGAACUAUUCUUAAAAGAAAUGCAGAAAUAUGCAAUGCAUCUUCUAAAUGACCAGGAAGCACGUGUGAGGAUUGCAGCAGGUGAAUUGCUUGGAUCACUGAGCAAAUGGCUGGGGACUGAUGUUUAUCUGCAGUGCCAGGAGGCAAUACUUGAAGGGGUGAAGUCCAACCUAGAAAGAGCCCCUCUCAGUGACUCAUCUCUUGAAGAACAGGCCCAAUUUGGACAUCUUGCGGAGAAGCUUGGUGGAGGAUCAAGCCCAGAGCAUGCUCGCAGCAGUAACUCAGAACAGAUAUUUCAUGACACAGCGGGAUGGAAAAAUCUGGAAACAUGGAUGAGAUGCUUGCAGUCAGUGAUUGAAGGAUGUGGAUCAAAGUUUCUCCCUUUCAUCAACCAGGAGCUUCUAGACCUUAUAUUUCAGUCUCUCACCCAUACCAAUCGCUUUGUCAGAGAGACAGGCUAUUAUGUUUGUGCCACUCUAGUCAGCUGUGGUACCUCCAAUGCUGAAGAUGAUGAGAUGGAGCUGAGUGAAGGACAGACCCAUAAUACCAUCCUGGUCCAUGGGGAUCAGUUAGCUUAUCACUUUGCUCAAGGAUUGGCUGACAAUUGGAGUCAGGUUCGCUUGGCUGCUUCUACUGCAACCAGACAGUUCCUGCUCAAUCUACCCAAUGCCGCUGCUCAUCAAAGGUUCUUUCCUGCAUUACUACCUAGAAUGUGUCUGAACAGGUACUAUGUAGCAGAGGGAGUGAGGAUAUACUCCCAGGAGACUUGGCGUCAGGUGACUGGCUUGCAUGGCAAGGAGCUGGUAGAACAACACAUCGGUCAUGUUGUGGAGUAUUACAUUGAAGCAAGUGAUGCAGACAACCAUGCUGUAAGGGAAGCGGCCUGUGCAUGUAUUGCAGAGCUUGGUGCAAAGAUAGAGAAAGAUGUAGUACGCGAACAUGUUCCUCGCCUACUAGGCACUCUACUGGUAUGCUUCAGGGAUGACAGUUGGCCAGUCAGAGAUGCUGCCUGUAUUGCAUGUGGUAACUUCAUCAAAUGCUUUCCAGAGGAAUCCAGGCAGAGCCUGGAUGCUCUUUAUCCUCUCUUCUAUGAAAACCUACAAGACAAUAUUCCAUCUGUAAGACAAGGUGCAGCGGCUGCUCUAGCUAAUGUCACAAGGGCUUAUGGUGAAGCUGCCUCAAGCAUUCUCCUGGCAAAGGUCUCAGAAGGCAUCAAGGGUUUGGAGAACCAGCCCAAGACGUCUGAAAGAUACAGUGGUCUCGAAAAGGGUCCAGCCACAUAUGGACUGGUCAAACAGCUCAGAGAUAACGACAUGGAUCUACAUUCAAACCAACAGAUGUAUUCCUGUGGUUCCUUGGCUCCUAAGAUGGGACGUGGUCGAGAGGGAGGCUGUAUGGAUCACAAGUUCAGAAGACCACCUGAAGCAUGGGAAAAGUGUGAUGGAUGCAUUCUUCUGUUAUCUGAGCUCUCGGCUAUCCAAUCUCUAGCUGCUGAAGUCGCAUCAUCACUCCCACUCGUGGCAGAAGCAAGCAGAAAGCAGGAUUACCCUCAGCAUGUCUGUCUUCUAGAAACUAUCUGUAAACAGCUACCAGCUUUAGGAAAGAACCUGGGGAAAAGACACUUCAAGCCCCAUCUGGAAUUGUUCUUUGAUCCCAUAUUUGAAGCUUUGAGCUGCGACAAUGCAUUGACAAGUACAGCAGCCGGUCAGUGUUUAGAUGCUUUGGGUAACUUUCUUGGCCCUAACAUCCUCAGAGGGAGAAUAGAACAGUAUAAUCCACAUUACUUGUCGAAAAUGAGCAUGGGAUUUCCUGGAAGGCCAUGAUAUGAUUGCAAGAGAGUGAUGCAGAUUACAACCCUUGCUAUGCAUCUAUGCAUCUUUGCAUCUUGAUGCACAAGAUGAAACAAAAUGCACAAUCACACAAAGCUAAUAACCAAUCAGAAAUCACACAUUAGCUCUCAAUGAAUGAGGUUAUUGUUCCUCUUUUUUUUCUUUUUUAGAGAGGGAAAUGUGAAAUAAAUGUUUUCAUGUAAUGUUGCGAAUGUAAUGCAAUCGCAAAGCUGAUAAUUUAAUGUUUAUUACUUUAAGAACAGAACAUAGUUUUCUUUGUACUGCAUCAUAAUGUACAAUUACGGAUACAUAUCAGAAUUCAAGCAUUGUCCUAAAUAAUUAUCUUACACUGUGUAAUCCAAAAGCUUUCAAGAUUCUCUUUUGUGUGUGUGUGGAUCUGGCAAAAAUUUGAUGACAUAUUACCUUUGGCUAAUUUGCAAUGAAUAAUUGCAACUGGAUAAAUGGAAUAAUUUAUGCAUAGGCGACUGUAAAACAUGUAUGCAAACAAAGUUUGACUUCACAAAAUGAGAAUGAAUCUAUAUGUACAUGUGGUAUAAAUCAUUACAGAUGCACAAAUCUAGACAAGCAUAAUGUGUUGUAACCAUGAAAUGGAAUCAUUAUCUACAUACCGCCAUUUGUAAAAUGGAAAAAAUAUUAUAUCUUUAUGAAUAUGAUUAAUUGAAUCACGAUGUCCAUACAUUUUGUUGUUGUAGUAAAUUGCUACAGAUUUGAAAAAAACUUAUGUGGAAAAUAAAUGUAAACUGCAUAUACAAAGCGAAUAAAGUGACAUGUUGUACUGUAUACUCAUGUAUGCAUCUAUGCCGCCAUCAUACUAUUCAAAAUGGAUAUUUUGAUGCUAUUAAAAUACAGCAAGCCUGGUUGAAAUUGUUAUGUUAUGUUUUGUUUUGUGCUAGUAGAUUACCUAAAUAGCAACCAUAUUGUAUUAUUGAUGUUCCUAUAAACAUUUCCAGAGUUGCUCAUUCUUAUGUCAACCUUCAGACAAGAAGGGGCUUUAAAAUGAAAUGAAAUAGGUAAUAUCAAACAGCAUUUGGGAUGAGAUCCUUUUGAUGAAUUGGUAAUUUAUAUUUGACCCAGUCAGUGAAAUGAAAGGAAGUUUGAUAUUGUUUUGUAUUGUUUGUUUCUUUUUAUAAAGUCAAUAGAUUACCAAAAUAGCAGCCAUAUUGUAUUAUUGAUGUUCCUAUAAACAUUUCCAGAGUUGCUCAUUCUUAUGUCAACCUUCAGACAAGAAGGGACUUUAAAACAAAAUGAAUUAGGUAAUAUCCAGCAGCAUUUGGGAUGAGAUCCUUCUGAUAAAUUGGUUAUUUAUAUUUGACCCAGUCAGUGAAAUAAAAGGAGUGAAAUGAAAGGAA